GCGCACGAAUUAAUUCAUGGACCCCUACAUAUUGGUAUAGUCCCAUUUGCUUUCAUUGUAUCAGACAGUUGACUUUCAAUUUCACUUAUUUUAUAAACUAUCCCGAAACCAGGAUAAAAUCGAGUCGCAGACGGGAGUCAUUCAGGCUUUAAACAUUAAAUUUGCCAGCUGUCAAGACAGACCAGACUAUGGCGUUUCAGAUGUCAAAACUUGCUGCUCGUGUUUCACUCUCAAAAAGUGUUGGGUUCAUAUCUAGCGCUGAAAACAGAUGGCCGAGUCAUCUCAAUUUCAUCAGCAGACUUGCACAUCGCUCCUUUCAUGCACUCUGCAGCGAAGGCAGAGGUUCUGCAAGUAUCAAAGUGCUGCCCUCCCGGGGGGUCUUACUUAAAGCAGACAGGUGGGAGAAGGUUUCCACAGCCUCAAAGUCACUCCACUGGCAGAGUGGAGGGGCCGUUAAGCCACAGCGAGCCACCAUGGUUGUCCUAGGCGCCGUGGGAAUCUCGGCUGCGUUGUUGGCGUCUCUGAGCACGAGCACACUGCACGCUAUGAGCUCGCGGCCCGACCUGAACCUGGACUCGGAGAGCAGUGACUGGAAAGAGGCAAAGAAUAAACUUUGCUCCCUGGAUAAGGAGAAGAGGAGGGAAAUGUACAGGGUUGACUUCAUUCCUCUGGAGAAGAUUCCUGUCUGGAGUCCAUCAGGUGACUCCUCUUGUAAGCCUCAGUACAAAGUCAAUGAAGAGUUGAAUAAGAAAAUAUCCCUCUUCAGUGGUGACAUCACAAAACUGGAGAUCGACGCGAUUGCCAAUGCAGCUAACAAGACACUUCUGGGUGGAGGAGGAGUGGAUGGUGCCAUUCAUCGUGGGGCUGGUCCUCUGUUGAGGAAGGAAUGUGCCACUCUAAAUGGCUGCGAAACGGGGGAGGCCAAGAUCACUGGAGCCUACGGUCUGCCUGCAAAAUAUGUUAUUCACACCGUGGGGCCGAUAGUCCACGGUUCAGUGGGGGAGAGAGAGGAACAAGCGCUGAGAAACUGUUAUUAUAACUGUCUGCACACAGCAACUAAGAACCACCUGCGGACUGUGGCAUUCCCCUGCAUCUCUACUGGGGUAUACGGAUACCCGCCUGAUCAAGCAGUCAAAGUUGCCCUGAGAACAGUGAGAGAAUACCUGGAGCAAAAUCACGAGAAGCUGGACCGGGUCAUCUUCUGUGUGUUUCUGAAGUCUGACAAAGAUCUCUAUGAAACAAUGUUGUCUGCAUACUUCCCAGAAGGCUCACCGCCAAAGAGCAAAUUAUGAGAGGAUGUCAUAGUUGCUGUGGAAACGCCACACAACCUGGUUUUCCGCCACAUCACUGUCUCACUUUUACCUGAUGCAGCCCCUACAAGCAACAACAGCUGCCUGACACCACCUGAUUUAUUCAUAUCACCAAACUAGCGCUACAUGGAUUUCUGUGAUUGGUAUCAGCUUCAAGUUAGCAGUCAUACUGCUAUUGGAUUUGUGUUAAUAUUGAUAACAAUGUAUGCUUAUAAGUGGUAGAUCACACAAAAAUUAAAAUGCUGUCACUUAA